UUAAAACUGAUCAACAUGGAAGGUCACGUGUGAGCCUAUCAUGUGAUAAAUGCCUUCAAAAUUUGUAGCAGGCUGUUUUUGUCUUGUGUUUGUGGCGAUGUGGUGAAAAGAGGACACUUCCUAUUCUACUUAUUACAUCUGCCUUCAUAAAACUGCGAGGUUUUGAGAGGAGUAUGCAGCAGCACCCAGAGCUCCAUUAAUAACAGCUGAACUGUUUUUGCCUCUAAAGGCAUCUAUUCACAAUGACUCUUCAAAUGGGGGUCUUGUUUCUAGCUCUUCUGGGCCUGAGCACAGCACUGAUCUGCCCUGAUGGAGGCAUGUGUGAAGAUAAAGACACCUGCUGCAAGAACACUCAGGGAGGUUAUGGCUGUUGUCCGCUGCCACAUGCAGAAUGUUGUUCAGACCACCUCCACUGCUGCUUCCAAGGGACAGUUUGCGAUCUGGUCCAUCAGCAAUGUAUUAAUAAAACGGUUUCACUUCCGUUGAUAAAGCGACUUCCCAGUAAGCAGAGAUCAUCUCCCUCUCAGCUCAUCAGUGGAAUAAAGGCGGUCAUGUGUCCGGACCAUGAGUCGGAGUGUCCUGAUGACACCACCUGCUGCCAGCUUUAUGAUUCAUCUUGGGGUUGCUGUCCGUUACCCGAGGCAGUUUGCUGUGAGGAUAAACGCCACUGUUGCCCUGGAGGAUCAAAAUGCGACCUCGUCCAUUUAAAGUGUGUUUCUCCAUCACUUGGGUCGUUCCCGAUGCUGGAAAAACUACCAUCAAAAAGAUCAAAGGAUAGGCCAGUUUCUGUGGCUGAUUCAGUGAUUUGUCCUGAUGGGAAAAGCAGCUGCCCAGAUGGUUAUACAUGCUGCGUCCAGGCCAGUGGACAAUAUGGCUGCUGCCCUUACCAAGAGGCCAUGUGUUGCAACGAUCAUCUCCAUUGUUGUCCAAGCAACACAACAUGUGACCUAAAGCAUGGAGUCUGUAAGUCUGGAGGGCACGAAGUGCCGCUGACGAAGAGGAUUUCUGCUGGGUCCCGCGACGUCCAUGCUGUUCCCUGUAAUGACUCUGUGGCCUGCGCUGAUGGAAACACCUGCUGUAAAUUGCAAACAGGGAAGUGGGCCUGUUGUCCUUUGCCUCAGGCUGUGUGCUGUGAGGACCACCUGCACUGCUGUCCCAGUGGAACCAUCUGUAACCUGGCAGCCUCCUCGUGUGAUCAUCCCUCAGGCGUAGCGCUGAUGCCGCUGGUCCCCAAUACGCCCGUCUUUCCUCUACUGACAGAAGACAGCAAGUGUGACAAAUCCACGUCGUGUCCCGGGAAAGCUACCUGCUGCAAGACGGCGAGUGGGGGAUGGGCUUGCUGUCCUCUGCCCAAGGCUGUUUGUUGUGAUGAUCACGUCCACUGCUGUCCUCACGGCUCUGUUUGCAACUUGGAGGCUGAAACUUGCGACGACUCCUCCAGUGUCUUUCCGCCGCUUCCCCUGCUGACCAAAGUUCCCGCUCUGACCAGUCAAGUUCAGCAGGAGAAAAUCAUGUGUGACAGUCAGACCAGCUGCCCGAAAGACACGACCUGCUGCUUCAUGGAGAGGACCCACAAAUGGGGCUGUUGCCCUCUGCCAGAGGCAGUGUGUUGUAAAGAUGGAAUCCACUGCUGCCCCAGUGGACAUACUUGUGACCCCCAUCGGUCCUCGUGCUCCAGCGGCCCUCAUCGGAUUCCCUGGUCCACCAAACUGAGCGCUCUGUCCGGGCCGAGCGUGUUGACCGACGUUAAAUGCGACAACAAAAGCAGCUGUGCCACAGGAACAACCUGCUGCAAACUGCCGAGCGGCGCCUGGGGCUGCUGCCCGUUGCUGAAGGCGGUUUGCUGUCCUGACCACGAGCACUGCUGUCCUCAGGGCUACACAUGCAACAUGCAGACUCAAACAUGCGAGAAGAAAGGCUACAAUCUGCAGCUCACCGCUGCCCUUCUGAGUAAAGUGGAACAGCCUGCGCUGAGAGAGGCACUGGAGGAAACAAAUGUACAAUGUGACAGCACAGGGGUGUUUCUCUGUCCCCCAAAAUCCACCUGCUGUAAGAUUUCAGCUACAGAGUGGAGCUGCUGUCCCUUUGUCAAGGCUGAAUGCUGCGCAGACAUGAAGCACUGCUGUCCCGUUGGGUACUCAUGUGACCUGAAGGCCGGAAGUUGCAUUCCACAGACCCAGCUGACCUGGGAUUCGUUGCUGGGGGUCAGACAUAAAGACUCGGUCCAUCGUGGACUCUAAUCUGGCAGAGUUGCAGAUGAUUUGCAGCCCUGAAUCUUUUCCAUCAAUCCGUUGCUUGUGUUACUGUGGACAAAGUGAGAGUCAUCUCGGUGUCCUUUUUGGUUUCUAUUAAUUGCAUUUUUUUUUCUUUUUGUAGUCUUUUAUUGUUGUUGAAAUGUAGUGAUUGGGAAGAGGUUUUGCUUUUAUGGGCAUUCUGUUUAUUGAGCAAGUGUCCCUCCAUUUAAACUUAUUAUCAUUUCAACACUGAAUGGGGAUCUAGUUCAUCGUCUGCACCAUUUCUGUAAAUCACUCCAGGCGUAGAAGAAGCUUUUAUCUGCAACAAUAGGUGGGAAUGCUGUAAAUUCCCAUUCAAUUGGUAUUAAACACAAAUAUUUAAUACAUUUCACAAAAGUAAAACAAUAAAGCAAACAUUUAAAUGUGUGCAUAAAUUCGAAAGGCUAGAGUGAGAAUGACCUAUAUUCCAAAUAAAGAAAGGCAGCCUAGAAAAAUCAGAUAAAAUCUCUGAAUUAUUUUUCUGAAAAGAAAUUUCUGUCUUCUUUAGAUCCGAGUUACAGAAAGUCUAAAGCAUCAGCUUAGUUUAAGAAAAUUUAUCUUAAUGCAUCUUUUCUAACAAGGGAGUUCUGUUUACACACUAAGAGGAGCAGAUGUUCAUAAAAUCAAUCAUGGUUAGAUCACCAACUGUAGGCCUGAAGGUUUCACCGUACAGCUGCUGUCAGCUUCUGUACAGACUCUGUCCAUCCUGUUGGCUCUGCUGACUAGUUACAACACUGUUAUUAAUAUUAAGUGUGGGGUUUUUUUGUUUUUGUUUUUUGGUAAUUUUAAAAGUUUGACAACAGCCAUUGGAUUGGUUAAUGGCUCCAAAAUGUUGCUUUAAAUUAGUUGAAGACUGUGGCAAAUAUAUCAGAUGAUUCCAUUUGUAAUUUCUGAUUUUGCACAAAUUAAUGAAUAAGAACAGAUUUGAAUUAUUUUCCUUUAAAUUUCAAAUUGUUCAGCUUUUUUGGGGUGAUAUGAGAGAUUUAAAUUAAUGUAUUAGUUCUGUGUUUUUAAAUUUGUGUUUCACACACCCCGUAGAUGUUUGAAUUAAGGGUUUUUUUAUUUUAUUUUUUUAAAAAACUCAGUAAAAGGAAAGUAAAGCAAAAAAGGUGUGCCUUAUUUAAUAUUGAGUGGGUUUUUGGUAUGUUGUGGAGACUGUUAAUAAAAAUAACUCCUUUCUGGUUUUAAA